GCGGCUGUUCGCGGGCGACGCCGGAGCCAUGAACGGCUUGGCGGCCCCUUUGCUGGACAAGGAGGAGCACCCGCUGCAGCUGGGCGAGAGCUUCGAGCGGCACCCCAAGGCCUCCUUCCACACCAUCCGCUAUGAUUUUAAGCCAGCGUCAAUAGACACGUCCUGUGAGGGGGAACUACAAGUCGGAAAAGGCGAUGAAGUUACUAUUACGUUACCCCAUAUCCCAGGUUCUACUCCUCCAAUGACAGUGUUCAAAGGAAAUAAAAGACCAUACCAAAAGGACUGUGUUCUGAUCAUCAAUCAUGAUACUGGAGAAUUUGUGCUUGAAAAACUAAGCAGCAGCAUUCAAGUAAAAAAGACAAGAGCUGAAGGCAGCAGCAAGAUCCAGGCCCGCAUAGAACAGCAAUCUGCCCGAGGCUCACAGACUUCCACCCAGUUCAGAACUCCUCCAAAGCCAGUAGCUGGUCCCAAAACUUCCCCAUUGAAAGACAACCCUUCACCAGAGCCUCAACUUGAAGACAUUAAAAGAGAGCUAAGAGCUGAAGUCGAAAUUAUUGAGCAGAUGAGCAGCAGUAGUGGCAGCAGCUCGUCAGAUUCAGAGAGCUCCUCUGGGAGCGAUGAAGAAACCUCCAGCAGUGAUGGCGAAGAGGCUGCACACCCUUCCCCUUCUCAGCAACACAAUAACAAAAAUGCUGUGGUCAAUGGUACCAGCAGGCCUCAAGGAAGCAAUCAGAUCAUGAACACUCUCAGAAAUGACUUGCAGUUGAGUGAAUCUGGAAGUGACAGUGAUGAUUAGACCAAGGCUUUCCCAUUAGUUUCCUGUCACAGAUGCGUCAAGAUUCAAAUAUUACUAAGCAAGAAUAAUGCUAAUGAAGAAGCGGCUUGGGACUCAGCCAAAUGAGUGCAGCUUCAACUAACGUGACCUUUUGAGAAUUUUCGGAAACAAUGGCUAAUACUCUGUUUACCAUUUGUAUAAAUUGUGUAUGUUGUGUAUAUUCUUUUAAAGUUUUAAAUAGAUACGAGUACUACUCGAAUACAGUAAUCUGUGUUCUAAUGUGUUGGUCCUUUGUAAAGCAUUGAGGAUGAGUAGCAUAGUAUACUCCCUGUAUGUCACUGGAUCUUCCACAGGCUGAGGGCCUGAGAUGAAAGAGUAGAUCAGAAUGUUAACUUCAUAUAGAAGGUGGGGUUAUUUCAGUUUUCGAACUCUUUGUGUUUUUUUAAAGCAAGGAUUUCCUCCUAAAUACAAGACAAGCAUAGCAUGGGGAAGGAUAGUCUGGUUUUCUGUUCCUGAGGGGUUGUUUUCUUACUGCAUGAAGUUGUUUUUUUAAUGUCGGAUAAUAUUUUAACAUUCUCUCCCCACAUAUUCUGAAGUAGUGCAGCCUGUGGUGUCAUCCAAAGAUUGCAAUGCCUAAUUCUGCUUCAUGUGUAAGCAAGACCUGAUUUCCUAAUUUUAGAAGGUAUCUAAUGUCCUUGAAUUUAAUGAAGAAGUUAUCUGUAGAAUGUGUUUCUGGACCAGGUCUAAAACAAACCGGGCACUUCAGUGUGAAUUUGAAAAGAGGACAUAGUACUAGUGUCCUCUGCUGUGUCUGGGUCCAUCUAGCUUAAGACAGAGUUGUGAAUAGCCACUUGCCUGGUUACCUGUGACGAGUAAGAAUUGCCUCCAAGCAAGAAAGCUUUUUUAAAAAUUGAAAGCAAAUUAGUGUUUUUCUUUUUCAGGCAGCCCAAUCCAGGGGAAAAUCCCCUUGUGGAGGUGGCACGGACCUAUGCCAGUGGAAGUGCCCUCAUUGUAGCACUUAAUCUGGCGGAAGGGAAGACCUGCUGGCACCUGGCCAUUGUGGCACUCUGCGAUGGCCAGCUGCAGCACCCAGCCUCACAACAGCAUGGUGGGGGCAUUCCUCAGGUUGGCACCAGGUUUGGCACCAAUUGCGCCAUGGCCCCUACCCUGCACUUAUGCUGCCCUUGUGGGUGGCGUCAGUGCAUUGGGCUCUACUGGGGGAGUCCUGGUGGCAGGGAAGGUUUUCAAGUUUCUCCUCUCCCUGCACUACCAAGGAAGAUUGCUGAGGGAUGUAUGCCACUGCUUCUAUUAUGCUGGCCCCACUUCACCAGCCGUCAGGAUGGGCUGUUACUUUGCAUGGGCAAAUGCCAGUGGAGCUUUUCAUAAACUUGGAACUUUUAUGGACUUAGAAUCAAACCUGGCAUGACAGGUCAUGGAACUCCACCCAUAUUGUAAAGGGGAGUUACAGCCAUGAAGAGGCCUGAUUUGGAUUUGGAAAUGCGUAGAAAGGGAGGGUGGGUUGGAUUGGGGCUGUAUAGGCAGAGGAGAGUGGGUUUAACCCUCCUCCUUUCAUACAGUUUUGCUUCUCAGAAAAAGAGGGGCAUCCAUCUUUUCUUCCUUUAAAGAGCUACAAUGGCAUAGGUAUUCCAGUUCAUGUAUACGGGGAUUAGAGGGUUAAUCCCCCUCUCUCCACGUUGCCCCAGUUGGAAUUAAAUCCCGAUAUAGCUGUAAUGAUCUGAGAAAAAAAUCUGAUCAUAUAUCACCCAACAAUAUCUUGUCUGUUUUUCCCCUUAUUGAAAAAGUUUAUUUUAAGACAGGAAAAUGCUGAUUUGAGGUUCAUAUGAUGGUUCUGGUUCAAAUCAAAGACAUAAACAUUCCUUCUAUUCUGUGUAGGAAAUUCUGCUUUCUUCUUGUCUCUGCUUUCACAUAUGAGAAGCACACACAUCUACUGCUCAUAUAUGCCAGUCAAUGCUUCAUGCUGCAUAGAUAUGUGAGCACACAAUGCCGAACAAGUGUAAUGUGUAAAAUUAUCUCACAAGCGACACCUGUGUUAGAAAUUCAUCUUGUUUUCCUUAAACUCUGUUAAAGGUGACAACAGAACACUGAAUUUUUCCAAACGUACUAUAUUUCACAAUACGGGGUCCCAGAACAAAAACUACCUUAUUGCGUACUGGGUUAUGUGUUUACACGGUGGAAUUUUAACUGUAACUUGUGUUGUUGAGCAAAGGACACAACCCAGUACACGCUGCUUUUUUUCAGUUGCCCUGUGCCAAAUACAUGCAAUGUGCAGAACCCAAUACCUACUAGGUCAUGCAGCAGUUACAAGAAGCAGCAGAGUACUAAUGAAGAAAUCAAAUCUAUUAAACCUUGCCCAGUAAUUAUUAGUGCCUACAAAACAGGUUUUGGUGACUGGUCAGGUUAGGAGGUAGGUUUCUCCUAUUUGGCUCCAAUAUUAUGGUGUAAGUUCCAAGGCUAGUUAUACAUAUACACAGGACUAUGUGUAUUCCAUGAUUCUGCAAAAAUGUGGAAUUUGAUGUUCAGCAUCUAAAAAAUCUUGCUUUUUGCAAAAGAUUUUGUAAAAAACAAACAUUUUCAAGAUUCUGUAGAUAAAGGGGGUGGAAUCUUCCUCUGUCCUAUCUGGGUGGUCUAAGCUUUUUUAAUUCAACAGGUACAUGUAUGUUUUGUUAAGACAAAGAGGGAAAAUUCUACAAGUGGUAAUAAAGUACAAAUAAUUUUUCUAGAUCAAAUUGUUUAAAAUAGAUCCGUAUGCAGUUUUGCUCUGUCAUACAUCUACGUUUAAAAAACUAGUUUUAAAAUAAUGCUUUGUGAGACGAAACCUAAAUGAGAAAUAAGAUGGUGGUUUUCAACUGUACAUCAUCAGGAUGGAGAAUAUAGUGAGUACUCAUCACAGUUUGCUUUUUAAUGAAAUGUUGAUAGAAAUGAGUCAUCCAUACAUUUCAGUAUUAUGGUAUAGUUAGUUUCGAGGCUAGUUACAUAUGUACACAGGACUAUGUGUAUUUCAUGAUUUGGCAAAAAUGUGGAAGUUGAUGUUCCAGCAUCUAAAAAACCUUGAUUUUUUAAAAAGCUAGUUUUUAGUCCUUAAGGUCGUGAAGAUAGGAUUGAAAGCUGCUGUUUGGUGAAAUCUCAAAUUAGAGAGUGUUAGAUUUUCACUGUUGAAAGAUGGGGCUGUGAUAUCUUACAGUGCAGUCCAGAACAGAGUUGCUCCAGUUCUAAGCCCAUUGACUUCAAUGGGUUUAGACUGGAAUAAUUCUGUUCUGGAUUGCACUGUUAAUCUUCUGUCCCUCCUCAUGGUUGGCAGAAGACAAAAGUAAGAUAAUACAUCAUUUCCCCCGUUAAUUUACAUUGUAAUUCCUACAUUGCCAUGGAUCUUGGUUUGCCUUGCAGCAGUAUAUGUACAAUAGCCUUCAAAAAUUUAAAUAUACUAAAAGGCUGGAGAAAGACAUUCUCAGUGUUCUGUAGUUCACAAUUGAAUGUAAGAGGAUGUUGUACUGGCUGACUUGCUGCAGGGAAUAUGCCCUGGUUUUUAUAUGUUACACACCACCUGACUGAGUCCAAAGAUGCUAGGUAGGAGUAACAACAGAUUCAGAUGAUAAUGUACUAUUUUGGAGGAAUUGUGCCUCAACAUUGGUGUAGUCCAGAUAUAUGUUUACAUUUGUGUAAAAUAUAUGUAGAUAUAUAUUACUCGUAAAAAAAUAGGGUUUUUCUUUUUAAAAUUUUAUUUAAAUAAAAAUUAGCAGCACAAAGUGA